GAAGGACUUUAGACCACACAGACAUAUCUUUAGAUCCAGCAAGGAGUCCCUUAACUGGAGCUUAACUUUGAAAGACGCAUUGGAAAGACGAACUUCAAACAAACAGGCCUGAAAGAUCUCCGACAUGUCUGAAGAACUGACGCCAUAUAAGCCAAAAAACCUGCCAGAAGACAUGAUCUUAUUUGCAGAAUUAAGAAGACAGGGAAGCAAGGCAACAUCCAAGCAUUUGGUUAAAGCGAAGAAGGGCACGUACCCUGAAACAGGAACCGCUGCUAAAUGCAGCUUUUGGUGGAAUGGCCUCAAAGAAGGUAAAAAGAAGGUAAAAAUGGCGAUGGUUAUUAUGGCUUCUUACUAUAACCGAGUACUCAAGCAACUAGACCAGAGGCAAGGCCAAGUGCUCGAGCUCACGGCUAGAACAGAGUCUCAAGAGGAAAAAAUUAAAGGGCUAAAUCUGAAACUUUUGCAGUUGGAAAAUGGCCAACUGCUCAAGCUCAAGGCAAGAACACAUUCUCAAGAAGAAAAAAUUGAACUGCUAUAUCUGCAACUCUUGCAAUUAGAAAAAGAAAACCAGCAACUAAUUUGCAAGAUGUCCAAACUCGAGUUUAAAGCACACAAUCAAAAGGAAGAGAUCACCUCUCUCAAACUGAGACUCCAAAACCAGAAAGCAGAAAUGGAGCGACUUAGAGACGAGAUAGAUGAUUACAAUAGUUCCAGCGAUGGUUCAGAAAAUUCUUUGAGAAUUCUAGUACCUGGGACUUCCAGUGCAAGCAUGCAGAAAUCAUCUUGUAUACUUCUUAUUGAACUCCCAGAAUUGCAGUACGACAACUCCAACUACGAGUUCUGGGCCAAGAUCAAGAGUUGGGUUCAAAAAGGAGACGUGGAUCCCCGGUGUAUCGGUAACCUGGUCAGAGAAAAAUGCCCUCCAAAAGCUUGGCAGAAGGUAGAAGAGCAAUUCGACAACAGAGCGCUGAUUCAGAUGGCCAUCUCCAACCAUGCAAUGAUAGGCAGACUGUUGGAGAAGCUCUGGAAGUGUGUGUCAGAAGCUCUAGGGCCGGGUACCAAUAUGUUUGAGCUGUACUACAACCGAACGCAACAAGAAGGAGAAACAUUUGAGGAGUAUUUUGAGGAGAAGUUCAAGCUCUAUUGUUCCUACGGCGUGGACAACAGGGAGCCAGACAAGAACGACCGACAUUUCCUCUGUAAUGUUAUGGAGAAAGCGGCAAAGAGGUAUCAGAGGAGCUUCGUCCUAAUGUCCCCCAAAAGCUCCACUGAUCUGCUGAGGCAGUCCAUGCUUAUUGACAGGAGACUAACGACAGCCGAGUGGAACAACGAGUGCGUGAACUGUAAGAUUGGAGGCCACACUAUAACUCACUGCAGAAAACCAGGAGAGGACGCGAAGGUUGGUCCCAACCAGUGCUUUACAUGUGGGAGAUAUGGUCACCAUUCGUGGAACUGCUGGAUCAGGAACAGAUAGCACAUGUGUCUUUCUGCUUGUUCCAUUGAAAAUCCUAUUAAGAGGUGAAGUUUCUGUCACACAUGUAGUUAGCACACUCGGCUUGUGAUCGUAAGGUUGCAAGGUCGAACCUUCACCAAGUAUAAUUCGGGACCAGAUGCAAGCCACGAGGUACGGUACACUGCUCUAUGCGCCCUCAUGGCCUGGGACGGACUUUAACUUUUUACUUCUUUUAACUGUAGCCAUUGGAUGCCAUAAACAGUACUCUUGCAUUAAUCAAUGUUAAUAUCUUUCCAUAUUGAAAAUGACAGUUUUUGCUUCAUUAGACAAAUAUGGUAAAACUGGUAGGGUAAGAAAUAGACAAAAAAAAAGAAAUUCCAGUAUUAGGCAGCUGAUAGAGUGCCCACGCUACCUGUUAGCUUGAUUAUAGCUCAAUUAUAAACGUUUGCCUAUCUUUUAUCUUUGAAGCAGUUUUUUUUACUGUAUUUUAUGAUUAACAACAUUUAGUAAUUAUUGACAGGAGACGUGCUAUUUAAAAUCUGAUAUCUGUAUCUGCUCUUGACAUAUUCAGUAUGAUGAUUAUAUUAUUUGUCCUUAAUAUGAUUUAGAAAUGCACUUUAAAUUACUUUAAAAAAAACAACAACUAUUUUUGUUGUUUUAUGCACGACAAUCUUUGUGUCUUCUGUAUAUUUAGUGCAUUUCAAGAUUUAAGCUUGGCCUGGAUUUAUAGUCUGCUUCCUCUCGCACGGUAUCAUACUGUAUUUAUCAUCGAUCUUUUAGUUCAGUGCACACCUGACUUAAGUCCUCGGCUAAAAAUAACGGCCUUUUUCUGAAUUGAAGUGGACGUGGUGGAGCUGGAGAACCAGGACCAAGGCUGCUUGAGUUUAAUCCAUAUCAAGAUUUUUUAAAUGAAUUUGGAUUCAUCAUAGCAAAUUUUUAUU